AUGGACACCGAGUCGACCCACUCGGGCUACUCCUACUCCAGCCGCUCCGGGAGAUCAAACCGACAUGGGGAUCGAAGCCGUGAGCGUCACAAGGCCAGCAGCAGUAAAGACAGCAGCCGCUCGGAGAGAUCCGUCGUCAUCAACCCCCCCGACACACCGUCCCAGGAGUCGCCUGUUCACAACGGAGAGCCGCUGCCUGGAGAACCCAUGCCUGAUGCAGAUCACGGUGACGACGCCCAGGAUGAUAACUGGGGAGAAACCACCACCGCCGUGACAGGCACCUCCGAGCUGAGCGUGUCCCAGGAGGAAGUGGUCGGCCUCGGGAAGGGGAUACAAGACCGGACCCAGGGCUUCCGCCGCUACCUUCCUCUCGCUGUGGGCCUGUGUGUGGGGCUGCUGGUGGUGACCACACCCCUGCUCUUCCUGCUCCUUCCAGCCGUAAUGUGGCCUGAUAGAUUGGAGGCCUGCGGUGCGGCCUGCGAGGGCCUCUUCCUCUCCAUCUCCUUCAAGCUCCUCAUCCUCAUGGUGGCCAUCUGGGCCUUGUUUCUCCGCCAGGGCCGCGCCAGCCUGCCCCGAGUGUGCGUGUACCGUGCCUUCCUCACCACACUCACACUUCUGCUCACCAUGUCUUACUGGCUCUUCUACGGGGUCCGGAUCCUCGAGGCACAGGACGAGGACUACCACGGCAUCGUCCAGUUCGCCGUGUCCCUCGUGGACUCCCAGCUCUUCGUCCACUACCUGGCCGUGGUGCUGCUGGAGCUCCGCCAGCUGCAGCCCGUCUACAGCGUGUGCGUCAUCCGCUCCACGGACGGAGAGUCACGCCACUACAACAUAGGACAGCUCAGUGUUCAAAAGGCCGCUCUGUCCAUUCUGGAGUAUUACUACAGAGAUUUUCCACUCCAUAACCCAGCGCUUCUGUCUGCCUCGAAGCACCGGGCCGCCAAACACCUGGCCGGGUUAAAGGUCUACAACGUGGAUGCCCCAGGAAACCCAGCCGGGGCUCAGGCUGCUAAUGGGAAUCAGUCACGGGCCAUGGUCACAGCUGCCGCCAAACGCAAAGACAGCGCCCACAAUGAGCUGUACUACGAGGAGGCCGACUAUGAGAGAAGAGUCCGCAAACGUAAAGCCAGGCUGGUGGUGGCCGUGGAAGAGGCCUUCACUCAUGUGCGGCGCAUGAAGAAAGAGGAUGAGCGCGCAGCCACCUCGGACAUCAUGGACGUACGAGAGGCGGCUCUGGCCAUAUUUCCCUCCAUGGCCCGUGCCCUGCAGAAGUACCUCCGCACCACCAGGAGGCAGCACUGCCACAGCAUGGAGAGCAUCCAGAAGCACCUCGCUUUCUGCCUCGUGAAUAACAUGAGCCCUAAGGCCUUCCUUGAGGCCUACCUGGCCCCUGGUCCGACUCUGCAGUACGCCCCUGAGCGCUGGAUGGCCGAUCAGUGGACUUUGAUCAGCGAGGCGUCCGUCACCAGCGGCCUCAAGGAGGGGGCGGAGUUCCUACUAAAGUGUCUCGACUUCAGCUUGGCCAUCACCAUCAAGAGCAUCCCUUACAUCCGGAUCACUGAGGAGUACAUCGACCCCAAGUCCCACAAGUUUAUACUGCUGCUCCAAUCAGAAACCUCAGUUUAACAUAGCCCCUGCCUGCCGAUUGCUGGACUUGUUACCAUGUUCUGACUGAAUUUUUCAAAAAAAUAGCAUUUUGUACUUUUUUUGUACUUUGUUUGUGUUAUUUUUCUCACAUAGAAUAUCUCAGUGUCCUUGUCGUUGACCCGGGAGACAAAGAAGACAAUAAAAGACAGAAAACAGGAGGGAGUAUGAUUGGAUUUCUCUAUCUUGACUUUUGCAGAACACAGUUCAGGUAUUCCUCUAUGCACUUCAGAUGACCCUCCACUUUACUUGCAUGUGCCAGUGUGUGCCUGCGUGGGAGAGUUUCAGGAGGAGUGUGUGAUUUAGGAUGCAAAAGUCUGUGUCGAGCGUGUGUGCGUGUAUGUUGAGUAUAUUAUACACCCGGGGUUUGUCUUCUUAGCCUGUCUCCCUUUUUCUUUUUAGCAUUACGUAGUGAUCAGGAUAUUUGAUACAAAAACUGAACCCUUUUCACCAAAACUGCUCUUUUUCUGUCUUAGCAAUGACUAUUUAUCUGUCCUGUAUCACACACUUAUGUACAGUAUUUAUAUGUGAAUAUACCGUAUCCUCAAUUUUAUAUGAAAUCGUGUCCGGUUUGAAGGAUU